CCAACCAAGUCAUUGAUUUGUGAAGGAAAACAUUACCAUACAUAUCUAUAAAAUAUUUUGGAAUUUAACAAAUAAAAAUUAUUCAAUCCAACACGAUUUUAUUCUUAUUGUGUGAAAAAUAAGUUUUUGUGUUAAGUUUUGUGACUAGUCUUUAUAGAAUCACUAAGAAGGCGAAAGCUUUUUUGUAUUGUUGAAGGCAGUACACUAAGAGAAGACUGAUCGGUUCAGGAGAGUGAGUAACGUGCCUGUUGCCAGAGUGUUGAUGCUCGAGGUGCCCCCGGCAUGGACGGGAACGUGGAGGGAGACCACGAGCGAGCGAUGAUGGAAGCAGUGGAGGGGGACGGGGACGUAGAUCGGGGUCGAUACAGACAGUGGCGUGUCCGGCAGCAUGACGCGCUGCGUGUCGCAGUCGUCGCUGGACGAGUCCUCGCAGCGGCCCGCGGCGCCCGACGCGCCGCCGCCCGGCGCCGCGCACUCCGCCGCGCUGCUGGCGGCGCUGGCGCGACUGCGGGCGAACGCCGUGCUCACCGACGUCACGCUCGUGGCACAGGCGCCAACAGAGGCUAUGUUACCCGGCGCCGCGGGCGACUCGGCGCCGGGCACUAUGAGCGAUGCGGCGAGCGGCGUGAGCGCGCACCGCGCGGUGCUGGCGGCCGCGUCGCCGUACUUCCACGCGAUGUUUACGCAGUUCGACGAGCGCACGCAACCCGUUGUUACUAUACAGAAUGUGGAGCCCGAAGCUCUGGAGACGAUCGUGGAGUACAUCUACUCGCCAGACUCGCUCGUCAUCACCGAGGAUAACGUGCAGAGCCUGCUGUCGGCGUCGUCGCUGCUGCAGGCGGCGGGCGUCCGCGCCGCGUGCUGCGCCUUCCUGGCGGCCGCACUGGCGCCCGACAACGCGCUCGGCAUCCGCGCCUUCGCCGAGCUCCACGCCUGCGCCGACCUGGCCGCCGCCGCCGGCAACUACAUCCACGCGAACGCGCUACAGGUGAUGGAGAGCGAGGAGUUCCUGGCGCUGUCGCCGGACGUGCUGGCCGACUUGCUCGACAGCGACAGCAUCACGGUGCCAAAUGAAGAAGUUGUUCUAGACGCUGUGAUCCGGUGGAUGCAGUAUGACCCUGAUACGCGACGCGGGUCGCUGGGCGCGCUGCUGGAGCACGUGCGGCUGCCGCUGCUGGCGCAGGACGCGCUGGUGGCGCGCGCCGCCGCCGAGCCGCUCGUCUCCGCGCCGCUCCGGGUCAAGGACCUGGUGAUCGAGGCGCUGUCGUUCCACCUGAUGCGGCCGGAGCGGCGGCUGCAGGCGGCUCUGACCUGCGCCCGCGCGCGUCCGCGACUACCGCCGCGUGCGCCGCGAAUGCUGCUCGUCGUCGGCGGACAGGCGCCCAAGGCGAUCCGCGAUGUGGAGCUGUGUCCGCUGGAGGGCGACGCCGCCUUCCGCGCCGCCAGCCAGCUGCCGUCGCGCCGCUGCCGCGCGGGGCUGGCGGCCGUGGGCGCCAAGGUGUACGCCGUCGGCGGGUUCAACGGCACGCUGCGCGUGCGCAGCGUGGACAUCUACGACGUGGCGACGGACUCGUGGUCGCCGGGCCCGCCGCUGUGCGCGCGUCGCUCCACGCUCGGCGUCGCCGCCAUCGGGGACACCAUCUACGCCGUCGGCGGUUUCGACGGCGCGACGGGCCUGUCGUCGGCGGAGGCGCUGGACACGCGCUCGGGCGAGUGGCGCCCCAUCGCCAGCAUGUCGUCGCGGCGCUCGUCCGUGGGCGUGGGCGUGCUGGGCGGGCGGCUGUACGCUGUGGGCGGCUACGACGGCGCCUCGCGCCAGUGUCUGCACACCGUGGAGCGCUACGACCCCGCCACCGACGUCUGGGAGCCAGUCGCCGACAUGUCCGCGCGGCGGUCGGGCGCGGGCGUGGGCGUGGUGGAGGGCGCGCUGUACGCGGUGGGCGGCCACGACGGGCCGGCCGUGCGGCGCAGCGUGGAGCGCUUCCGCGCGGGGCUGGGCUGGGCGCCGGCGCCCGCCAUGCGCACGGCGCGCCGCAACGCCGCCGUCGUCGCGCACGCCGGCAAGCUGUACGUGGUCGGCGGCGACGACGGCGCCGCCAACCUCGACACCGUCGAGGUGUUCGAGCCGAGCACGGAGACGUGGACGAUGCUGGAGUCGCGGCUGGCGGUGGCGCGCUCGUACGCGGGCGCGGCCGCGUGCGCGCGCGCGUGACCGCCAGCUGCGCCGCGCCGCGCGCUGCACGUAGGCAUGAAUCUGUACGCCAACGCGGGAGGCUACGCGGAUGAGGGCGCGGGCGGCAGCGGCGCGGCGGGCGGUGAGGGGAGCGGUGCGGGGGGGCGCUGGCGGGGUCAUUACCCGCGACCGGUGCUG